AUGACAGCUCCAACUGCUCCAGUAGAGAGCAUCCCCGCCAAAUUCGACGAAAAACCCCCCCAUGUCCAAUCUACAACAGGCGAUGGAGCACUGCAGUUACUGGAAGCCGGUUCGCCGAGCGUCAUCGAUCCCUUAGCAUCUAGGCGACUGUUGCGCAAGAUUGAUCUGUAUAUCAUGCCACUAAUCUGCAUCGUAUACUUCCUACAAUAUCUGGAUAAGAUCGCUAUCAGCUAUGCCAGCGUCACCGGAAUGCGAGAGUCGGCGCACCUUCAAGGCAACCAAUUCAACUGGGUGUCGAGUAUCUUCUUUUUCGGCCAGCUAGCGUUCGCCUUCCCCACAAUGCGCGUGAUGCAAGAAUUCCCCCUGGCAAAGUACGUCGCCGUUAAUGUGACUAUCUGGGGCACCAUUCUGGCCUGCAUGGCCGCAUGCAAAUCAUUUGCCUCCCUGAUGGUCUGCCGCACGCUUCUUGGCGCCGCAGAGGCAUCUAUCGUACCCGCCUGGGUAGUCUUCACGUCGCAAUGGUACCGGAAGGAUGAACAGGCUUUCCGUGUCGGUCUGUGGUUUUCCAUGUGUGGAUUCGCGCAGAUGUUCGGUGGGUACGUCGCAUACGGCGUUGCGACUCACAUCGGCGGGGAUCCUAGCGCCUCCCUGCGGGGUUGGCAGGUCAUUAUUCUCAUCCUGGGUCUGCUCACCGUGGUGACCGGUAUCCUCUUCUUCUUCCUCCUGCCCGAUUCCCCUCUCACGGCAGGCUUUUUGUCCUCGGAAGAAAAGGCAAUGCACGCGGAGCGUCUUCGGGGUAACGGGCAGGGUAUCGGAAGCAACGUCUUUAAGAAAGCCCAGGUUUACGAAGCCCUGACCGACCCGCACACCUGGCUCUACGCCUUCUGGGUCCUGGCGGCAAAUGUACCGAACUCUAUUGCCACGAGUUUUGGAAAUAUCAUGGUAACGGGCAUGGGCUUCUCGAAAACGAAAAGCCUUCUGCUUGUAACCCCCAUGGGGGCUUAUGAGGUGGUGGCACUGAUUGGCCUGACCUAUCUGGCAAUGAAGACACAGCGACGACUCUUCUGGUGCAUCGUGGGUCAUAUUCUGGCUGUCGUAGGUGCGAUUUUGAUGGCAGCAACCGACAAGGUGCCGGCCCUCAUUGGAUACUACCUCACGGGAGGCAUUCCACUCGGAUGGACAACAAUUCUUGGUCUCACUAGUACUAAUGUGGCUGGCUCAACCAAAAAGAUCACCGUGUCCUGCAUCCAGACGAUUGCCUACACUGUCGGCAAUAUUAUCUCGCCACAGACCUUUCAAGCCAAAGACGCCCCAGGGUAUUUGCCCGCCAAGAUCUCUAUCUGCAUCUUGUACUUCAUCGUCACACUAGAUCUGUGCUUAAUCUGGUGGAUUUCGCAACGGGAGAACCGCCGCCGUGACCAGGAGAAGGAGGCAUUGGGUGAGGCGUAUGUGGUUCCAGAGAACCAUGAAUUUUUGGAUCUUACAGACCGGGAGAACCCGGAAUUUCGGUAUGCGAUAUGA